AUGAUUUGCGCAGCCGCGGGAGAUCACCACCACAGCGGCCAUGACGGCCUGUGGGCGGUGGAAAAACAGGCUGAGCAGCAGCAGAAGCAGCAGCAGCAGCACCACCACUACCAAGCCGCCGCCUCCACUGGGCGCUUACUAAUCGACGUGCUGCUGCGCCGCCGAACGCUGAGCCCCACCGCUGAGACCGCUACCGCUAGCACCGGCAUCACCCAAGCGGCGUCGGAGCCCCUGCCGUCGCCAAUCGAGCUAGCGUCGUACCCCAAGAAAAAAGCAUCGCCGCCGUCACGGACCGACACCAUCGCGGCCUGGGAAAAAGACAGCUCGGCCGCACCCUCGCCGGCAAGAUCGGAGACACGACAACAAAACCACCAAAAACACAAUUGCACAUCGCGAGACGCGACGGCCGCCAUCUGGCACUCCAACUCCACCACCGCCUCCCGCCGCCGCGGCCGCGCGCCCUCAACUCCCGGGGCCCGUUCGCUGUCUACACCUCCGAUCGCCACCACCGCGCCCGUCGACAGCACCGCCACCAUCACCACCACCACCACCACGACGCGCUCCGCGUCCCUCGACUCGCCCGAACGCAGACUCCGCUUCGCCAGCACCGGCGGUGGUCGACAAAGUGCCGGACGUGCUGCUUCUUCUGCCCCCAAGCCUCGGCCGUCUGGGCACGAGAGGAGGGUGACCGAGAGCGAGAUCAUUUGGAAGGGGGUGUGGGAUUGA